AUGAGCUCAACCAGCGUGCUCAUCUUGUCGCUUGUCGCUUCAACGUUGGGAAAUGAUUUCCAAAUAGAUCCAAAUGGAUAUGUCGUCUUUUGCCCGUGUAUGGGACGAUUUGGGAAUCAGGUCGACCAACUACUCGGAGUCAUGCAGUUUACCAAAUAUCUCGACAGGACAUUAGUUCUUCCAAACUUCAUCGAGUACCCCUACCCGGAUACGGUAACGUCACAGCGCAUAGGAGGUCUCAUUAACGGUUAA